UUUAGAGCUAUGCUCUACCCACUUUUUUCUCAAUCUGAAUGGAAAUUCUCCUUGAAAUCCUUUCUUAUGUUAACGUCAUGAUCGUUUACUGAACCCAUUCACAUUUUGGUGGCACAUUUACUGCGAGAAGGAAAAGGAGUUGAUCAUGAAAGAAUAUCAGUCACUGAAGGACAAAAACGAACAAUUAAAAGCACAGAUGGUCAAGACAAUAAAGGCUGAGGUUAAGGAAACUCCUGAAGAAGCUUCUUCUAUCCAAGGCGAUGUAUCGACAUCUUCAUCUACAGAACUGCCAUUGCUAGUAUACAACAGACCACCAUUGUUUCCACCCUUUAUUUGGCCUCCCAUCAUUCAUCCUUUAAACCCCAUGCAAAUGCCAGUUGUUCCUGAAAAUGCAAGCAUACAAAAAGAUCUCAUGCCAUUUAACUAUGAGCCGGGUUCAUCAAAUGAACGAGGAAACCUCCCAAGUAUUAGUGGGCCAAGCGCCCCCUUCUAUAUAAUACCUUGCCCGUAGUUCCUCCCUUUUCCUGACCAUGGGAACCAACUCCAUUCACAACCCCUGGAUUCCUGUGGCUGGAAGGAAAAGCAAGAUGAGAACUCCAUUGACAACCAACUUGAUGAGGGAUCUUCUUCAAAGGCAAUGGGAGAUGUAGGUAAUUAUCACCAGUCUUCGCCUAAAGAGUUAAAAGCAGAUGCUGUUUCGUCUACAGAAGCAAACACCAACACCACAAACACUCAUCCUGAGUCAUCAAUUGGGUUCCCAACUGAACUCAUAGGAACUCACCCUCAAGGAGUGGCCCUUACUCCUGUGCCCCUUAGAUCAGUCAAACCCACUUUUACUGUGAAGUGUGAGGAUGAGUCCCUAACAGAUUCUGUAUUCCAAGCGGAGGCUGUUUCUUCCGCAGCCAGUUAUAUUGCUAGUCCUUUGCCUGAAAAGUUGCAGGGAGCUUUUUGUAUACCCGAACAAGAAAAUGGCAGAUGCUUCUGCUGCUGCUGAGGCUAGAAAGAGGAGGAAGGAGCUAACAAAGUUAAAGAACCUCCAUGGUCGCCAAUUCCGGCUGCAUUGUUGAGCCCCGACAAAGUUUUGGUGAAGUCAAUGAACAAAAUUGGUUUCUGAUGUUAGAGCCCAAUCCAUUGCUGCUCUCUGGAAGUCUUGGUGGUGGUGGUUCUCAUAUUGCAGGUUAAUUUCUCGAGGAUCAUAAAAGUUUCUUCGAUUGUACAAGUACGCAGAGUUAUGAUUGGCUACACCUUUAUUGAUCUCGGUUCAACUGUUGAAGCCUUUUAGAGAUCCGUUGCCUCCAGUAGUGGGUACACUAACAUGAUUGUAGUUUUUAGAGUUCCCUUGGGGUUUGAAAAUUUAGAAUUUCAAGUUGUAUAAUGUGAAGGUUGUUAA